GCAGUCAUUACUCCUUAUUAUGCACCAUAGGACUUCCUAGGUGCAUGCCCACACCCACACAAACAGUGAGAGGAAGUCACAAAGAGGGGAGAAGGAGAUGGCAGGUCUGCAGAGAUCCUCCCAAACAUUUAGGAGGUCUGGUUCAUCAGGUUUGGUCUGGGAUGGAAGGCUUAUGUCUGAAGGCCAUGACCAGACUUAUCAAAGCUCAACUGGUGAUGGAGAGGCUAGUAGCUUAGAAUCCAAAGAGCUAAGGCACUCUCGUAGCAUUGGAUCCGGUAUGACGGCACAACGCAAGUGCAGUGAUAGUGUGGAGCGCAGCAGGUCUGGCAACCAGGCCUUUCGUACUCGACCUGUUCCUCCUGCUAUGGAUCCACCUUCACCCAAAGUCUCCCACUGCUUGUUCUGCGGCAUUUUUAGCAAGGAAGAACCCUCACAGCCUCCCAAGCCCAGAAGGGGAAAAAAAUUGAUGUGCAUAGUCAUUGGGAAACAAAGGUGUCUGGUAGUUCCAUUUCCACCUUCUUUGUCCAUAAAGCAUAUCCUUUUGGCUCUCUGCCUACCAAGCUACUACCAUUCAAAAGGUUUGGCAGCACCUAGGCAUGAUCAAUCUCAGCCAAAGUUGCUUUAUCCAAAUGUAAACCUAAUGAGAAAGGCAUAGUGGGCAGGUAGAAACAAUAGUGAACAUGUAAAAAUGUUUUCAGGGAUUUUUAACAUGCAGUUUUCUUUUACUGGCAUGUAUUAACUAUAUGUAACA